UGACAACUUUUUAAAAAUAGGUGCUUUUGUUUUGCUUCAUUGUUCUUUGUGUCUUAUUAAUCCAAGUAGAUAAGUUGGUUUUUAGAACAAACUUAGUUUAACAUUUCAUCGAAAAAGAGGAAACUUUGUUGGAACGUUUAACAUUUUUGGGUUGGGAGGGCCUUCUCUUCUUUCACAUUUCCCCCCUCAUUUUCUGGGAAACAGAGAGUGAGGCCUUUCCGUAAUAGGUAAAUAUAUUUGGAGUAGCAAUGGCUCCUGGAGGCAGUGCUUGCAAAGAAGUUGAAUCUUAUCCUGCCGUUGCAGAUUACGCCAUUGCUACAACAACACCCGAGAGUAAUUCUAUGACGACAAAAAGUUCUUUUGGUUUUGUUGGAAAACAUGGAAUUCAGUCAAACAAUGGUGUUUAUGAGCUCCUUGAAUGUCCUGUAUGCAAAAACUUGAUGUACCCGCCAAUUCACCAGUGCCCAAAUGGACACACUUUGUGUUUGAAUUGCAAGAAUAGAGUGCGUAACUGUUGUCCGUCAUGCCGGUAUGAUCUCGGAAAUAUAAGGUUUUUAGCUUUGGAGAAAUUUGCGGAAUCCUUGGAACUCCCUUGUAAAUAUCAUAGCCUAGGUUGCCAUGAAAUUCUCCCAUAUUACAGCAAGCUUAAGCACAAGCAACACUGUCGAUUUCGUCCUUACAAUUGCCCCUAUGCUGGUUCUGAUUGUUCCAUCACAGGUGACAUCCCAACCCUCAUUGCACAUCUCAAGGAUGAUCAUAAGGUCGACAUGCACGAUGGAUGUACCUUCAACCAUAGAUAUGUGAAAUCGAAUCCACAGGAAGUAGAACAUGCCACAUGGAUGCUUACUGUGUUCAAAUGUUUUGGAAAACAAUUCUGCUUGCAUUUCGAGGCCUUCCAGAUAGGGAUGGUACCUGUCUAUAUGGCCUUUUUACGUUUUAUGGGUGAUGAUAGUGAAGCAAAAAAGUUCGGUUAUUGUUUGGAAGUUGGUGCCAACGGUCGUAAGCUAACAUGGCAGGGUAUUCCAAGGAGCAUUCGUGACGGUCAUCGGAAAGUUCGUGACAGUCAAGAUGGACUUGUUAUCCAAAGGAAUCUAGCUCUACACUUUUCCGGUGGCGAUAGGCAAGAGCUGAAGUUGAGGGUAAGUGGCCGUAUUUGGAAAGAAGCAUAAGUUAUGAAACCGUGGAGAAUUCAUGUGAUUUUGUACAGUUUUGAAAAUUUCUGAGUCUUUUUCGUGAAUAGAUGAAUCUUUUGGUUUUUGGUUUUUGUUAAUCCGAUCAUGGCUUUCUUCCGUAUUUGCGUAUGGUCCUAUUCGGCCGAAUGUUUAGUGCAGGAAAUGUUGGUUUACAUGACCAAACUUGCUUGCUUAAAGUUUAAUGCAACAUGUAUGCAAUGUUCUUUUUUUGGAUCCUUGAAA